AUGGACCCAUUCGAUCGACCGGAACUUACAAUUUCAGAUUAUCAUGCAGACCUUGGAUUGCCACAACAAGCAAGCUUUCGAGAUGUCAAACUCGCCUUGUUUAGGUUGGCGAGAAAGCAUCACCCUGAUAAAAAGGCGCCGGGAAUGUUUAUUGACGCUCAAGAUUUUCGCAAAAGCCCAAUUGACCUUGCGUCUUUGACCCAGGUUCGAGAAGCGUACAAAUGUCUAAGUGAUAAGGCGAAGCGUGUGGCAUACGAUGCAUUUUAUUUCGACCUCCAAGACCAGUGGACUUGUUAUCGGGAAUUGAAAGAAACUCAGUGCAAGGAUGAAGAGCGGAAACGAGCCGACCAAGAGCAGCGUGCUGUCAGAGAAAGAUCCGAACGAGAGAGGAAAGCAGCAGAACAUCGAGAAGGCGAGCCUGAGCCGCCUUCACGGUCUUCUACGGGUGCUCAUCCGCGAUUCGGCUGGCCGAGGAAGAAGGGCAGGGCAAACUGCGUAUUCUGUAGGGAUUCCCACCUAAAAUGGUCUUUUCGCUGCCCAGAGUGCAAUGUGUCAGCUUGUGCAAGUUUCAUUUUACACAAUGUCGACCCAGACGGAAUAUCACUUCCUAAACUAAAGACCGCUACUAAAUGA